AUGUACAUCCGUGAAAGAAAACCCCUGCUUGAAAAUCUUUAGUCUGCCCUUUUGUGAUAUAAAAGUAUGCAUAAAAGCCGUAUACAAGGGACAGUUGCAGUAAAAGCUGGUGACCUGAGGGGAAUACCCCUGUGUUCAAAGCACGCACCAAUUCACCAAGGUCACAUAUCACGUGACAGGCUGCGUAGUAUCUGACUUGCCAGCCAAUUUAGAGGACGCUAUCCACUUGUUGAACCCCUUUAAGGCUACUAGAGUUUUGCAUCAUUAUUGUGUCCAAGUGGCAAUAGAUGUAAAUGAACUAAGUACACGCAAUGCUCUUUAAAACUAAAUCAACGUGCCAUGUUAAACCCUACGAAUACUGUUUUACCUAUACGGCCUUGAAAUUGUUAUAAAAUGUUCAUUGUCUAAUGUUCAUUAAAUAAUGUAUGUGAAAUAUAAAAAGCUUAUAUAAAAUAUAAAAAGUUCGCGAAGGCAAACCUGUCAAGAGGUCGAUGAAAUCCUUAAGAGAUCCGUGUAACUGAAUUGACUAUCUGAAUAUUUUUUUAUCCCAUUUCUUCUUGCAGUUUUAUUUCCUUUUCAGUUUAGAGAUCUGUUAUUUAAUACGGCGUCCGGCACCAGAUAUGUCACGUGAUUUUUUCAGCCCAAUGAGUAAUGAUACAAAUCUGAAAGCUAUCGUAGCAUCCGGGUCCAAUUUUACGCCUAUAAAAACUGGCAUUGUCAUCGUUAUUAGGCAGUUAAGCGGCAAGAGUCUGCCUGGAAUCUCUGCAAGAGUAUAUGCUUGUAAAUUUGCUGGUGAAGAUUUGUCUUAUGUUCAUUUGAACAUUUUUCUUUGGUAUAUUCUAAGAAUUUACUGGAUUAUUAGUAAACUCUUUACAUUUUUGUUCCUUCCGCGUCGAUCGAUUUUCACCGGACAGAAACAAUGAGUGCCGAAAUGCCCCGAAAGCUUUCGGUUAUCACCAUUACCUGCGCCAGGGAAAUGGCUAUGUGUUCAAUGGGUAUCGGUAAUUUCCGGAAAUUGGCAGUCGCAUACUUACAAGACACCUUGCUCAAUCUCCAUAAUGUGAAAGUGAAGCUUGACUGUAAAGAAAACAAGUUCAAGUCGGAGAGAGAGCUCCCGUCAGUGACGUCCGUGAAUAUGAGUUCGAUCCGGGCACUCGUCGACCAGAGGUUAAAACUCAUCUUUCCGGGCGAAAACUCGAAGGCCGCCAUUUUCUCGGACAACUGCUAUAACAUCUUGAACGCAGAGAGAUGUGAGAACAUUUUCAAAACUCUCCUGCGUCUCUCCGCUCGGGUGGACGAAAUCGUGAAAGAGUGGGGUGUGGCCGAGGAGCUAUUCGUUGGGGUUGUCCCUCAACCCAAUGACUACUCUCUUGUCGAAGUAGAACUGGACAAUACUAUCAACAGAAUCACGCUGAAGUGGAACAAAAAUACCCUGGCAGCUGAUAUUGUCACGGCCGUGUCGAAAUUAGCCGAGAAACUGAGGCAUCAAAAGCGACAGCCGACUCCAGCGGAAUAUUUGGCCUUCCAGUUAGCCUACUGUAACAUUAAUAAGGGCAAGUCUAUGAACCACGAGGGGUUCCGCGGCCUGGGUACCCCGGGAUUCCGACCUCACACCCAAACCUACAUGUCCCUCACAGAUCCCGGAGACGGCCAUGUUCUGGGCACCACCAGGUUCGAGGAUUGGAUGAAAGGCGCCAUCGUCCACGUGGAACAUCUGGAGAGACCCAACCACCUGCCCAGAGAGAACAUCGAGUCUUACAGAAUUCCCUCCCUUUACGACUUCACCAAGGUCAGGCUACACGUCGGUCCCACCGCCCCAACCACCUAUUUCGUCGGCCGUAGGGUCAAAGAUUCCGGAUCCUUCGACGAAGACUUCCUGAAACUCGUUAACAUCACGGCUGCAUCAGCGUCUGCUGCUUUUAACCAAGGAGCUGCGGAGUGUAAAGUCGCCAUGGAAGGAUUGUCCACGUCACAGGCCGUAAGAUACAUGCAGGCCCUUCGGGGACAGGUCCAGAGAUCCCGGAAACAGUUUUUGUCUGCAGCAUGGAACCUCAACCAAACAGUCCUUGAUGAUUACAAACAGGAAGCGCCCAUCAACUUGGAGGAGAGAAUGGAUAUAGCAACGAGAGCUAUCGAGAUCACGUCGAUCGGAGGUUUUGACAAAGUGACCUGGGACGGCGCCAGCGACACCUAUCCCUCCAAGUGUAUCAUGUACCAGCUGAGCUUUGAGGAAGCCUUGACUCUGGUUCACGAGGCUCACCUCCGAGGGCUGGUCACCUAUUUCUCAGCAGGUUUCAAGUUUGGCGAGAUCAAACACGCCGUGUACGCCGGUGUUGACGGCAUUGGAAUUGGUGGCGCUCAGGUUCUGCGCUUCAUGGACAGCGAGACGGGCAUGCACGGACCGUACACGGAAGAGAAUAUCCCGCGGAUCUUAGCCAACCGAGACGAAGCGGCCAAUUCCGUCCGUGGACGUGGGGUUCACUUGUUGGCUCGUUUGGAUACCAUGUUCUUUGAAGGUUCCAUCACCUCAGAUCAGAACAUCCUCAGGUAUGAACUUUACACUGCCCUUCUCACCAGAAACGAAAGUCGACUUAAAGCUCUAAUGGCUGAGUUGUCAGAAGUUAUCUCCCUUCCUGAUGAAGGAAACUCCCCGAUCACCCAUGUUGCUAAGAGGCUCAUAGAAUCCAAGUCCCCGUUGUUGUCGCAGCAAGCAGAAAGCCCCGAGCAAUGGGAAACUUUUGUGGAAACACUGACAUGUUUGGUUGACGAUCAGGACGAAGAAGAGUUGGUGGAGGAAUAUGAAAACGAACCCUGGAUGACCUUCCGCAAGAAGUACCGAGAGUGGCAACUCAAAAGCCACAGACGCGUUACACGACAGAAUUCUUUCACUACACAGUACAAGGUGUACUCUGCUUGAAAAAAUCCCACAUUACGAGCAUUAUUACCCUGGCGUAUUUGUGCCAUGUCGUGCUUUAAAUCGGUUAAAUUAACUUUAUUAAACACAAACCUUUAAGGAGAAAAUGGAAAGGCGAAAAAGAGAAAAUGCCAUAAGAAGAGAGGCGGUAAACUAAAUCGUCAUAAACCAACCAUCAGUGGUUGACCAGUAGAUUUGCUGGUUCGAAAACAAAGAUCUUCUGUUUGGUAGGCUAUAGUAUGACUGUGUGUGAGUAAGAACCAGUUAGUGAUAAUCUUGGUUGUGAAUAUCAGUGUGUGAGCAUCAACGUGUGAAUGGAUAAAAUUCAUUAUUAAGGCAUGCUUUUAUGUGUGCAUUGGCCAUAUCCUUAACAUUGUUUAUUCUAUCUCAUUUCAUUGUAACUGUGAGUUGUGUGUGCGUGUGUGUGUGUGU